UAAUUUGGUUGAGCCUGUAUUUUCGUCAAGUAGUAUCCAUUUAGAAGAUUAUUUCUGUCCCAUGAAGCUAUAAAUCAGCACAAAAGGGUUGUCAGAGCUGCGUGAUCAACCUCUUUCUAGCUUCUAAGCAUUGAAAAAUGAAGAUCCUCUAAAAGCUGUUUCCUUUCAUCAGUGUUGCAAGCUUUUCUGUUCUUCUUCUUCUUCUUCCUCUUCUACCUUUGGCAGAAUCAUCUCAUGAACAGGUGAAACAAGUUGGCAGUAACAGGAGCAUCAAACAAAACAAUCAGAAGAUGAGUCCUGAGCUUUCCUUUGAAAUUGCACUUCAUGGGUUUCUCCUCUGGGCUUCCAUGGGAUUUCUAAUGCCAGUUGGGAUACUUCUUAUAAGAAUGUCCAAUAGAGAGGAAUGUGGGAGAAGGCUCAAAGUUCUCUUCCAUUUCCAUGUAAUUUUACAGGUGCUUUCAGUGCUUCUUGCCACAACUGGAGCAGUUCUGUCCAUCAAAAAUUUUGAUAAUGCCUUCAAUAAUAACCACCAAAGGAUAGGGCUGGCCCUUUAUGGUCUCAUAUGGGUCCAAGCCCUCAUUGGGUUUUGCAGGCCCCAAAGGGGGUCCAAAGGAAGAAGCCUGUGGUAUUUUGCCCAUUGGGUAUUUGGAACAGGACUUUCUGCACUUGGAAUAAUCAAUAUAUACACUGGAUUACAAGCUUAUCACAAGAGGACAUCCAGAAGUACAAGACUAUGGUCUAUACUUUUCACUGCCGAGGUCUCUUUCAUUGCUUUCCUCUAUCUCUUCCAAGACAAAUGGGAUUAUAUGCAGAAGCAAGGAGUGAUUUUAGGUAAUGAGCCAAUUAUCCCCACUGAUCAAGAAAUCUCUCCAACUCCAAGAGACAAUCGAAAGGAGAUGAAUGUUCCUUGUUGAAAAAGAGACGGAUUGAUUGAUGAUUUCAAGCUAACAUAUCCAAUUCUUUUUUUUACUCUUUUUCUUCCUCAACUGUGAAAGGUUGGAGUUCUUUUAAAGUAUUAGACAAGUAGUGAUAUCAGAUGAAGCAUUGGCAUUGGCAUUGGCAUUUGGCAAAAGGAAGCCUCAAACUCAAAGAAAAUGAAGAAUUAUUGGAGAAUUCUAAGGCAACUUAUACUUGGUGCAUGUUUCCUCCACGGCCCCACCCAUACAUCUCUACAGCUAAUCUAGAAUAUUGUGGGUCCCACGUGAGUCGUCCCCUCACGUGGCUAAUGAUAAUAUUCCAAAUCAACUGUGUGAACUGCAUGGAGGCAACGUUGAUUAAUUACACAUACAAUAGUCUUGGUUGGUAGUAUUGGGGAUGAUAUGGUGAUUUUCACAAGGGUUGGCAUGGAGUUGUGCAGUUAGAUUCUAAGAGUCUCCGUGUGACACUGACUAUGAUGGCUAUUAGAUUUGUGACUUUGUACGGUUGUACCGUUUCUUUAUGUGUUUGGAUGCAAUGUGGAAUUGAAUAUUUUCAUACUUUCAU